AUGGGCACGGUGCUGUCUCUUUCCCCCGCCUCUUCGGCCAAGGGCCGGAGGCCCGGCGGGCUGCCCGAAGAGAAGAAGAAAGCGCCGCCCGCGGGGGACGAGGCGCUGGGGGGCUACGGGGCGCCGCCAGCAGGCAAGGGCGGCAAAGGCGAAAGCCGACUCAAGCGGCCGUCAGUGCUCAUCUCCGCGCUUACCUGGAAGCGCCUGGUGGCCGCGUCCGCCAAGAAGAAGAAAGGCAGCAAGAAGGUGACGCCCAAGCCGGCGUCCACUGGCCCCGACCCCCUGGUCCAGCAACGCAACCGCGAGAACCUUCUCCGCAAGGGCCGGGACCCCCCAGACGGCGGCGGCGCCACCAAGCCACUGGCGGUGCCGGUGCCCACCGUGCCGGCGGCCGCCGCCACCUGCGAGCCGCCGUCGGGGGGCAGCGCGGCCGCCCCGCCGCCGGGUUCGGGCGGGGGAAAGCCGCCGCCGCCGCCACCCCCAGCCCCUCAAGCGGCACCGCCGGUGCCUGGCGGCUCGCCGCGGCGGGUCAUCGUGCAGGCGUCCACCGGCGAGCUGCUGCGCUGCCUGGGCGAUUUCGUGUGCCGACGCUGCUACCGCCUCAAGGAGCUGAGCCCGGGCGAGCUGGUGGGCUGGUUCCGCGGAGUGGACCGCUCGCUGCUGCUGCAGGGCUGGCAAGACCAGGCCUUCAUUACGCCCGCCAACCUGGUGUUCGUGUACCUGCUGUGCCGCGAGUCGCUGCGCGGGGAUGAGCUGGCGUCGGCCGCCGAGCUGCAGGCCGCCUUCCUCACCUGCCUCUACCUCGCCUACUCCUACAUGGGCAACGAGAUCUCAUACCCGCUGAAGCCCUUCCUCGUGGAGCCUGACAAGGAGCGCUUCUGGCAACGCUGCCUGCGCCUCAUCCAGCGGCUCAGCCCCCAGAUGCUGCGGCUCAACGCCGACCCCCACUUCUUCACGCAGGUCUUUCAAGACCUCAAGAACGAGGGCGAGGCCGCCGCGGGCGCCGGGGGUCCACCCAGCGGGGGGGCGCCCGCGGCCCCCGCCUCCUCCUCGGCCGCCAGGGACAGCUGCGCGACCGGAGCCAAGCACUGGACUAUGAACCUGGACCGCUAGGGAUUCCCAAGGGCCGCGCCCGCACCCCGCCCCAGCCCCUGACACGCACUCGGA